AUGUACAGUUUGGUGUUUUUUGUUGCCAUUUGUACUCUUGGCUUAGCCUUUGAAUGCAAGUUUAACGGAGAAGUGAAGAACGAAGACAAACUUCAGGUUCAUCUCGUUCCACAUACCCACGAUGAUGUAGGAUGGCUGAAAACUGUGGAUGAGUAUUUUUACGGAUCUAAUAAUUCUAUUCAGCAUGCUGGAGUACAGUAUAUUUUAGAUUCAGUUAUCCCUCAGCUAAUUGCAGAUCCUAAAAAGCGGUUUAUUUACGUGGAAAUCGCUUUCUUUGAGCGAUGGUGGAAUGAACAAAGCGAUGCCAUGCGAGCGGAAGUGAAGAAACUUGUUCAAGAAAAAAGGCUGGAGUUUAUAAACGCAGGUUGGUGUAUGAACGAUGAAGCUGCCACACAUUACAAUGCAAUUAUUGAUCAAAUGACUUAUGGACUGAACUUUGUAGAAAAGACAUUUGGAUCGGAUGCAAGACCUCGAAUAGCUUGGCAUAUCGAUCCAUUCGGUCACUCAUCUGAACAAGCAUCAAUCUUUGCACAAAUGUCAUUCGACGGAUUUUUCUUUGGCCGUAUCGAUUACGCUGACAAAAGCCUUCGUCUGAAGGAGGAAAGAAUGGAACUAGUUUGGAGAGGAAGCAGCAAUCUUGGACAAGAUUCUGAUAUUUUCACUGGGGUACUUUACAAUAUUUAUAAUCCACCUAAAGGAUUUUGUUAUGAUCAAUUCUGUACUGACAACCCAGUCCAAGAUGACCCUAACCUGUAUGAUAACAAUGUCAAGGACACAGUGGAAAGAUUUGUUCAAACAACAUGCAAGCAAGCCUCACACUACAAAACAAACCAUAUCAUUUUGACGAUGGGUUCAGAUUUUAUGUAUGAAAAUGCAAACUUAUGGUACAAGAAUCUGGAUAAGCUGAUUAAAUAUGUAAAUGAUGUAGGUACAAACCUGUUCCCUUCUGGGCCGGGUUGUUCAAAGCAGAGUUAAGAUAACCCAGGGUUAGUGCGAAAUUUGAAUUCAGAUAUGAAAGCUUAAAAAGCAAAUUCAGUUUUAAUCUUUUUGCCUACAAUUUGAUGAUUGGAUGCUCUAAAAAGAAUAGAGAAAAUUAUCCGGGAAAAUCCUUUUGAACGAAAGAAAAAGAAACCCAGGUUAAAAUUUAACCCUGGGUUAGCGCUAAUCGGCCUUCGAACAACUGGGCCCAGGUUUUUAGUUCUUUACCAUUGAUUAUCAAAUGAGUAGUGUUUGAUGGAAGUUUAGUAACCACAUUUUUUACCAUUUAUAAAAUUGUGUUUUUGUUCACAAACUUAGUUUCAACUCAGCCUUUGAUGUCGUCAACAACAAAGUGCAUUAGACUGUGAGAUAUAAGUGUUUUUUUAAUUACCUUUUGCUCAAUGGUUAUCUCUUUAAUUUAACCUGAGACCAAGCCAAAUAUUAGCAGCUCUCGUACAUUCUCUCUUACAUUGACGCUCUUUCUUUUUGUUUCAUCAUGCAUGGAAUGUUGUAUAUUUACCAAGCAAAACAAAAUAGACUGCUCUGUUAUUAUCUUUUAUUUAUUUCACACUCUUUGUGGUUAUUGGCAUCAAAGGCUGAUGUGUUGCCCCUGAAAAUGGAACAACUUGUUAAAACAAGUGGAUAUAAAACAUCUGUUGUGGUUACUCAGCUGAUAAGUGCAGUGUAGUUGUAUGUGGUCGCUGAUAACCUGGUUUGGACAAGGAAAAUUGAAGAUCUUUUAAGUGUUUUAAUCAACUUAGAGAGGGUAAGAAUGAAUUUUCACAGGUGCCUUCAUUUGAUCAUUGUGCAAGAUUAAUUGCAGGUAUAGUGGUGAAUUCAUGGGUAGGGAAAGGAGCUGAAUUCCCUGUUAAUACACCCAUGAGGCUGGACGAUUUUUACGUAAUUUAUAAAGCUAAUUUGUACGAUCAUUUAUGAAGGGCAAUGUAGCUAAAAAUUAAUAGAAAGUAAGGAUCUGUUGAAGCGAGCUUUAAAAAACGUAAACCAAUCCCAGCACACUUUCUCUGGAAAGUGCAUGGACCCUUGAGAAACUUAGAGCAAAAACUGGGACGCAAGACUUCAGAAAAGAUCCUCCAAAAAGGAAAAGCUCCUAGAUUUAUUAGAACAAACUCUUCAGUUUUUUCUCAUGAGGAUAACAUGCUUCCAUGUUAGAGACUACCACCAAAAUCUCAUAGGAAAAAUUACCACUGAGGUUAAAUUUGCUGAACAGAAGUCAGCUUUAAUACAAAAGGAUUUUUGUUACAACAUACCACCCUGCUGUUGCCUAAUCUUAAGAACACCUUAAGAUAAAAUGGCAUCUAAUUCAAAUCUAACUUUCACAAAGAGAAAUAUAUAAAGAGCCUCCACUUUUGUACUUAUUUUAGUACUAAGGUCAUGUAUUACACUAGUGACUCGCAUUUGGCCCUUUUUUUCUUUCUACUUAUGAUUGGCCGUUUAGUAAACAACCGCUUACUGCUGAUUGGUUCUAUGUUAAUUUGCACGUGAUUGUCAACUGAUAUUUGCGAACAAAGAGAAAGGUAUUUAACUGCUUGUUUCAGCAGAUGUUUGUAGGGAAAGAAUGCCUGAUGAAGCCCUAAGAACAUCUGCAUGAUUGAGAGGCUAGGUGAAGGUGUAAUGAUGAAGUGUUUAGUGCAGUGAAAGUUGGAUCCAAAUGUUUUUUUACUCAUCCUGUGGCUGUGAUUGUGAUGUUGUUGUGUUUCUGAUCAGUGACUUAAUGCCAACCGUUUAAGUAGUCUGAGCAAGGUUUCAUGCAGUUGGCAGGAAUAUUAGUUGUAAUGCUGUAUAGUGUACAUGGCCAGUGCCGGAUCCAGACCUUGAGAUAAGGGGGGGGGGGGGGGGAUUUGAGUCGAUUGUUCUAGAAUCUAUCACCAUAACUGAUUCUCAAACAGACGGUCUAAUCCUCAGAGAGAUAAAGUUCGUAUCAAUUAAUUUAAGCCUGCCAUAGUACGCCCACAAGAACGUCUUCUUUGAAGCCAAACUUGACACCAGUGCAUAUGGCCACUCAUUCUAUGGUGCAUUUAUUAUUUUUCUUAUUCAGUUGUGUUAUUCAUUUACUUAUAUACGAGGAAUCAUCAGUUUAAAAGUACAUACUAAAUAAUAGUAAAGUACUUAUAUCUGAUUUACAUGAUCGCCGUGUGGGAUAAUCGCAAUAACUUCAGCCCUAUCGUCAAAUGCAUCUGCAUAACCUAGAUUAUCAUGAAAACCUCAGACCCGGUUACUUGUCAGCAUCAGAUUUUACCCUAACUGCCUCGUCUUCUCAAAAAUCAAGUAUCAGGACGAUUUUAUCAUACCUUGUUCCUUCAGAAGGGAAAGCCCUCGAGCAUCCUUCUACGUCACAAACAUCCCCACGCCCAGCCGCCAUGGGCCUUCUGGUUAAUUUCAACUGACUUUACGCAGUUGGCAUUUAACUUUUCUUUUCAGGAAAACGUUUGCGUACUCGGUAACAAUAACGUUCCCAAGGAGCAGACCAUAAGGCCAUGAAAAAUCAGUAUCCCAAAUGCUUCAAUGAAGUGCGAGAGUUCAAAUAUACUGCUUGAUCUCUGUGUACCCCCGUUAGUCCAUUCACUGAUGUUUGAGCUCGUCAGCGAAAAAGGAACAGGACAAGAAGGCUAAAAUAGCGCAAUGGCAAAGAAAGGAGAACCUACAAAAUGUGUCAAUAGCCUGUUCUAUCGACUGCAAAACAGUCGGUUUUUUCUCAAAAUCGGUAAAGAUAUCGGUAAAGCGUGGUGCUAAUAAGCGCGCGAGCCUCAAACGCCCUUAGGGCGUGUGAGGCGACGUUUUUAGCCUCUCUCCCCAGUCUCGCUCUCCGUUUUCAGCCUCGUUCCAGACCUUUUGAUUGACUGCUCGUGCGUAGAAAGGUAACACGGGGAUGGAAAAUCGCUCCUCCCUCUGCGUCUCACCUCUCCAUGUGGCACGACGAUUUUCACGGGCGCCCGAGUAUUUCGCUCACUUAACUAUCCCGGCCAAGGAAAGUGAGGGGCUACUCGUAAUAGUUACUCGAUCACUCAAGGUAUGUAACUGGUUCUAGCUACAGCCGUGAGCGCUUCCGGCGUUUGUGUUUCCUGUGCUGAUGCUGUUACUUCCCGUUCACUGACAUGGUUUAUACAGAAUUUUGGGGGGAAAAACAAGGACUUUUCAAGGACUUCUUUUCCCUGUACUUUGACAUAGAAUGACACGAAGUAAAGAUCUUUCAAAUUCGUACGUGGAAGGGGUUUACUUAUUGCAAUACCUUCGCCCAAGAAGGCACGGUUCCUAGGGUACUUCAAAUAACGGAAAAUGAACUAUGCCGGGAACAUUGGAAUCAUGAGAAAACACACUUCCAUGAUCAACAAGAAAAUUUACGUACUCCUGUGCUUUCAAGCUUUCCUUUGGGCAAAACACUUUUUUAACAAAAGUUAUUUUUAUUCAAACAGCUUUCAAAAAAUAUUCAAGGACUUCUGUGGAAAACUCAAGGACUUUUUAAGGAUAUCCCACAAUUUUUCAGUUGUCAAGGACUUUUCGAGGACAUGAUGCUUUUUCAAGGACUUUUCAAGGCCCGUGCGUGUCACAAUAAAGUGGUGUUAAACUCAAAUUCAGGUUACGGCGAUGCAUACUUAUUGCAACUACAACUAAUAGUAUACUCUUUAAAUAUUCAGAGAUUUCAUUUUACUUACUUGAUCAGUUAAAGUAAGCAUAAGCAAGAGCCAUGUUAUGGCUCCGUAUGGUAUAUGGAGUAAAGAAAUGUAGUCAGAAGAUUUGAUAGACCAAACGGGGCACUGGACACUAGUAGUGCCAGACCCACCCGACCCUUAUUAACGCCUGUCAUAAGUUCAUAAGUCUACAAAAAUAUCUCGUGACUAACAGAUGACUUUACAGUUGGGGCAGUGAUUCACUUUUCCAUCGCGUCAAGAUGUACAGUUUGGUGUUUUUUGUUGCCAUUUGUACUCUUGGCUUAGCCUUUGAAUGCAAGUUUAACGGAGAAGUGAAGAACGAAGAUAAACUUCAAGUUCAUCUCGUGCCACAUACCCACGAUGAUGUAGGAUGGCUGAAAACUGUGGAUGAGUAUUUUUACGGAUCUAAUAAUUCUAUUCAGCAUGCUGGAGUACAGUAUAUUUUAGAUUCAGUUAUCCCUCAGCUAAUUGCAGAUCCUAAAAAGCGGUUCAUUUACGUGGAAAUCGCUUUCUUUGAGCGAUGGUGGAACGAACAAAGCGAUUCCAUGCGAGCGGAAGUGAAGAAACUUGUUCAAGAAAAAAGGCUGGAGUUUAUAAACGCAGGUUGGUGCAUGAACGAUGAAGCUGCCACACAUUACAACGCAAUUAUUGAUCAAAUGACUUAUGGGCUAAACUUGGUGGAAGAGACUUUUGGAUCGGAUGCAAGACCUCGAAUAGCCUGGCAUAUCGAUCCAUUCGGUCACUCAUCUGAACAAGCAUCAAUCUUUGCACAAAUGUCAUUCGACGGAUUUUUCUUUGGUCGUAUCGAUUACGCUGACAAAAGCCUUCGUCUGAAGGAGCAAAGAAUGGAACUGGUUUGGAGAGGAAGCAGAAAUCUUGGACAAGAUUCUGAUAUUUUCACUGGGGUACUUUACAAUGGUUAUAAUCCACCUAAAGGAUUUUGUUAUGAUCAAUUCUGUACUGACAACCCCGUCCAAGAUGACCCUAACCUGUAUGAUAACAAUGUCAAGGACACAGUGGAAAGAUUUGUUCAAACAACAUGCGAGCAAGCCUCACACUACAAAACAAACCAUAUCAUUUUGACGAUGGGUUCAGAUUUUAUGUAUGAAAAUGCAAACUUAUGGUACAAGAAUCUGGAUAAGCUGAUUGAAUAUGUAAAUAAUGUAGGUACAAACCUUUUCCCUUCAAGUAUUUAGUUAUUCACCAUUGAUUAUCAAAUGAGUAGUGUUUGAUGGAAGUUUGGUAACCACACCUUUUAUCAUUUAUAAAAUUGUGUUGUUGUUCACAAACAAAUUAAUUUUUCUGAUUCUUAGUUUCAACUCAGCCUUUGAUGUCGUCAACAGCAAAGUGCAUUAAACUGUGAGAUAUAACUGUUUUUUUAAUUACCUCUUCCACAAUGGUUAUCUCUUUAAUUUAACCUGAGACCAAGCCAAAUAUUAGCAGCUCUCGUACAUUCUCUCUUACAUUGAUGCUUUUUCUUUUUUUCAUCAUGCCUGAAAUGUUAUAUAUUUACCAAGCAAAACAAAAUAAAGCCUGAUCUGUUAUUAUCUUUUAUUUAUUUUACACUCUUUGCUGUUAAUGGCAUCAAAGGCUGAUGUGUUGCCCCUGAAAAUGGAACAAGUUGUUAAAACAAGUGGAUAUAAAAUGUCUGUUGUGAUCACUCAGCUGACAAGUGUAGUGUAGUUGUAUGUAGUCCACUGAUAACAUGUUUUGGACAAGGAAAAUUGAAGAUAUUUUAAGUGUUUUAAUCAACUGAGAGAGGGUAAGAAUGAAUUUUCACAGGUGCCUUCACUUUAUCAUUGUGCAAGAUUAGUUGCAGGUAUAGUGGUGCAUUCAUGGAUAGGGGAAGGGAGCUGAAUUCUCUGUUAAUACACCCAUGAGGCUGGACGAUUUUUACAGUAAUUUAUAAAGCUAAUUUGUAGGAUCAUUUAUAAAGGACAAUGUAGCUAAAAAUUAAUAGAAAUUAAGGAUCUGUUGAAGCGGGCUUUAAAAAACAAAGACCAAUCACAGCACACUUUCUCGGGAAAGUGCAUGGACCUUGAGAAACUUAGUGCAAAAACUGGGAUGCGAGACUCCAGAAAAUGUCAGCAAAGACAAAAAAGGUUUCCAAAAAUGAAAAGCUCCUAAAUUUCUUAGAACAAACUCUUCAGUUUUUGCUGAUGAGGAUAACAUGCUUCCAUGCUAGAGACUAUUACCAAAAUCUCAUAGGAAAAAUUACCACUGAGGUUAAAUUUGCUGAACAGAAGUCAGCUUUACUACAAAAAGGAUUUUUUUUACUACAAAAAGGAUUUUUGUUACAACAUACCGCCCUGCUGUUGCCUAAUCUUAAGAACACCUUAAGAUAAAAUGGCAUCUAAUUCAAAUCUAACUUUCACAAAGAGAAAAUAAUAUAUAAAGAGCCUCCACUUUCGUACUUAUUUUAAUACUAAGGUCAUGUAGUACACUAGUGACUCGCAUUUGGCCCUUAUUUUUUACUUAUGAUUGGCCUUUUACUAAACAACCGCUUACUGCUGAUUGGUUCUCUGGUAAUUUGCACGUGAUUGUCAACUGAUAUUUGCGAACAAAGAGAAAGGUAUUUAACUGCUUGUUUCAGCAGAUGUUUGUAGGGAAAGAAUGCCUGACGAAGCCCCUAAGAACAUCUGCAUGAUUGAGAGGCUAGGUGAAGGUGUAAUGAUGAAGUGUUUAGUACAGUGAAAGUUGGAUCCAAAUGUUUUUUUACUCAUCCUGUGGCUGUGAUUGUGAUGUUGUUUUGUUUCUGAUCAGUGUCUUAAUGCCAGCUCUUUAACAGGAAUAUUAGCCAUAUUUACCCCCCUGUAAUGCUGUAUAGUGUACAUGGCCAGUGCCAGAUCCAGACCUUGAGAUAAGGGAGGGGGGGCCUGGUCAUCCAGACCCUUACAUAAGGAGGAGGAGGCCUAGUCUCCCAAAAGAAUUUUUUGGCCCUUCGGGCUUCAGUUUGGUUUUAAAAAAAGGGGAGGCGGCCCCCCACGGGCCCCUUCCCUAGAUCUGCCACUGAUGGCUAAGCUUUAUAUUUUUUGAUCGGGAUAAAAUUUUGUGAGAAAUGCUGCACUUAAAUGUAUAAACCUGAUAAAGAACAUGUUACCCUGUAAAUGAUUUGAACCCCAGCUAGAGGUCAUAUCAUAUUACAGGUAGCAGGUGUAGCCAUGGAUUGGACAUGUGAGUGUUUUCAAAUAUGACCAGUUAUUGUUGACACUGUGAAUGAUGUUUUAAAAAUCUGUGCAUCAUCAGAUUUGAAGUUAAUUGUUACAUCAUUUAUGGUUGAUGAUGUUGAACUCUGGUUUUGACCUGAUUGGUCAACUAAGAACAUGUGGUCUGGUAAAACCCAUUGGCUACUAGUAUGAAAAUUGCAAGCUACAUGUACCCUGGAAACAACAAUAAGAAAGAAAGAUCUCAGUUAUUUAAUACUUAAAUGCAAGAAAGCUUGCCUAAAAUUAAAAACUAUAAUGUUUUCUCCUUUAGGAUGGCCGUGUGAAUGCUUUCUACUCUACACCAACACUUUAUUUAGAUGCUCUUCACAAAGCUAAUCAGACAUGGGAAUUGAAGACUGAUGACUUUUUUCCAUAUGCAGACUGUCCACAUUGUUACUGGACUGGUUAUUUUACCAGCCGACCAGCUCUUAAACGAUAUGUUCGACUCAACAACAAUUUGCUUCAGGUUAGUUAUUGCCCGAUAAUGUGCCCCCAUAGUGUAUUAUGUUGUUAAUUCACCCAAUAUGAAGGUAACAUUCUGUUCAGACAAACAAAGAAAAAAGGACUGGNAACAUUUUGUUUAAAAAAAAAAAAAAAAAAGGAAAGGAAAAAAAAAAGAAAUUGGGAAGAAAUUUUGGAGACGUAACGGGGGGGGAAGAAAUUUACUUUUGGGUUGUUUGGUGGGGUGGUUCUUGGGGGAAUCAAACCCUUAACAGGUUUUUCACAAAAAAAGAAGGGGCCCCCCCCCCCCCCCCCCCAUGCAAUAUGAUUUUGUGAUGCAAAAUAGCAAAUUACAUUAUUUUUUAUCUCACGUCUCAAAAUUUGACUUAGCCAGGGUUAGGGUUGACUUUUAAUGCAUGCCGUCAUAUAAGUGUGGCUUACUUUAUAUCAAUUCAGCUGCACUUAUCAGUAAAAUUCCUGGAGGUAAUUUAAUAUUGCUUGUCAAAUAUUUCAGGUGUGCAAGCAGCUAGAGUUAGUCAAUGGAUCUGGAACUGGCAAAAAUGGCCCAACUUCAGACACUCUGCGUCGAGCUGUGGGAGUAGCUCAACAUCAUGAUGCUGUGAGUGGUACUUCCAAACAACAUGUCGCUGAUGAUUAUGCCAAACGACUCGCCAUUGGUGCUGCUGAAUGCCAGGUAUGAAAGUCAAAUCAUUCUCCUGAUAAUUCGUAGUUUUUUAAUUUAAUUUUGGCCAAAAACUUCUUAAAGGUAAAAACUGAAUGAAUGAAAUGAUGUGGAUGAGAGGACAACAGGCGUGUCCUCUUUACAUUAUUUAAUGUAACAUGUUAACAGUAAGCUCGGAUGUCACCAUACAAGGAAGCUACUGGCAGCCUCUAUCAGUCAAUUCAUGACCUUACUCAACCCACCCACAGCCCAUGAUUAUGGAUGAUGUGUGAAACUUCCCUCCUUUGUUUUGACCAGUAGUGUAUGGUUCUUUUACGUCCCCUCCGACUUAAAACCACUCAAUAACGCGUUCAUCUGAAUUGAGGUCUACAAGAUGUUAAAUCACGAUCACAGCCAGUAUUAGCCUGUUCCAGGCAUUCCGAUAGUGGAGCGCAGCGCUAAGGAAGAGAGCAAGAAAAAAAUAAGAAGGAAAAGAGGGAGAGGGAGAGAGGAGGGUACACUCUUAUCCCGCUACCCCCUACCCUGCCCCCUUGUUAUUUUUUUUUCUGCUUACAUCUCUUUGCACUGUCCCCAUGAUUUGAAUGCCUGGAACAGGCUAAGCCAGUAUCAACUCACCUUUGUUUAAAGACUUUGGUAGUUGGUCUGGCCGACAUCCUGCUCGGCAGACGGGUGCUCUCCCAACUGAGCUAACCGGGUUAUAAAUCCUUUUUUUCCUUUUUUUGUUUGUUUCAUUUUUGUCAUGGCCUUUUAUUGUUUAAAACACCUUUUUCGUUUUUUCACCGUUGUGUAAGGCUCUGACUGAAACUGUUUUGUGGAAGAAUAUUGAAGAAUGUUUGUGGCCGGUUAUUUCGGUUCAUGAGAAUGAAUGCCUGUUACAUCUUGCGGGCCUAUUACCGACAGGAAGUCGGUUAACUGCACUUUUAUUUAUGUAGCUUUCUGUUCUCUUUCAAGAUUUUGUCUCUACGUAGAUCCGAGUUCAAAGAUCCUUGUAUGGUUAGAGUGUCAUAACGCUCUCUUGAAAUACAACUUGUAAAGUUACUGUUUUGAAGAGUUUAAAUUAAUUUCAACGUGAAUUUAUUUAAACACAUUUCCCAACAAUUAUGGCCUUUUAUGAUUCAACGAUUUGUAAAAAAUACCGCAGAACUUCUAUCAUGAUCACCGUCAUUAUAAAAAAAAAACAUUGGAUAAUGCAAUUCUAGAGCUCUGAUUGGCUUAGCCAUCAUGGUAUAUGAGCCAUUAUACCAUGCUCUCCAAAUAUGGUAACUGUACGAGUCUGCUCAAAAUUAAAAACAAGCUGAAAAUCAGUUGUUUUUACAAAUAAAGUAGGGAAGAAUUCUCGAUAUUUUAUGGGCGUUUUUAAUAAAACAAUUAUUCCACUCGCACUUGUUGGAUAUGAGACGAUUAUAGCCAACUCAUAUCCAACGUUCGCUCGUGGAAUAAUUGUUGAUUGACAUGUAUCAUCAUCAUUAUCACAGUCUUGUUUUCUUCACCGUCAUUAAAAAAUUUAAUUUUUACCAACUUAGUUGAUUUAAAUCUCUUUACGUUUUUUUUGACAAACAACACUAAUAGUUAACGAAAUACAACUCUAACAUCCAAAAUAAAUCUAAAUGCCAGUUUACUUUAUGUUACCCUGUUGUUAUUAUUAUCAUCACGUCACCGACAUUAUCGUCGUCAUCAUCAUUGCUGUGAUCAUUAUUGUCUUUCCCAUAAUCGUCAAAACGAUCAUCAUUAACAACCAAUAUCACCAUCAUUUCAUCACUACGUGUACGCAGACCAUAUAACAAGCCGUAAUUGUUUGUGUGUUGUUUGCAGGACUUGAUCGCUGAUGUCCUCGGCAAAUUUACAGUGAAAAACUCUGGAACUCAGCCCCCUGAUUUGAAGUUCUGUGACCACCUUAACAUCAGCGUGUGCGACGUCACUGAGCAAAACAAGUCCUUUACUGUGACGGUGUAUAAUCCUAUUGCACGUGACGUAACUACUGUGCUUCGACUUCCGAUAGCAAGCAGCGCAAUGGCUGUUUAUGGACCCCAUGGAAAAUCGAUCAAAAGCCAAAUACUGCCAAUCUCUGACGCCACGAAACAGCUCCGUAAAAUUCAGAAACAAGCGAGUACCUCUUCCUUUGAAAUUAUUUUCAACGUCAAAAUUCCUGCUCUCGGCUUUGCCACCUACUUUGUGAACUCAACCACGUCGUCUCGUCUAAAAGACUUGUUCCGAGCUCCCGAGAAAAAGUUCUACGCAGAUGCCGACGAAAUGUCCAUCGAGAAUGAAUUUAUUAAGCUUUCGUUUACGUCUAAGACUGGUGAUUUGAUAAGCAUGACCGAUAAAAGCUCCAAGGUUACCACCGCUGUGAAACAGGCUUUCUACUGGUACAACGCGAGCACUGGAAACAAACAAUCCAAGCAGCCCUCCGGAGCCUACAUCUUCAGACCAAACAAAAGUGAACCGAUCCUAAUCUCACAGGGACGGAAGACAGAACUCUUCAAGGGUCCCCUGGUGCAGGAAGUGCGUCAAGUAAUAUCUCCUUUCGUCAGUCAGGUGAUUCGACUUUACCCUGGUCAGCGGCAUGCAGAGUUUGAGUACACAGUUGGACCCAUUCCCAUCAGCGACAAUUUGGGCAAAGAGGUGAUCACUCGCUUUGAUACUGAUAUCAAAUCUACGAAGCUCUUUUACACUGACGCAAAUGGCAGGGAAAUGCAAAAACGCGAGUUAAAUUUCCGUCCCACGUGGAAGCUGAACGUUACAGAGCCAGUUGCUGGCAACUACUAUCCAGUCAACAGUCGAAUAUACAUCAAGGACGACGCUAAACAGUUAACAGUCCUGACUGAGCGUUCCCUGGGUGGGUCCAGCCUUAUGGAGGGCUCCAUGGAAAUCAUGUUGCACAGACGUCUGCUUGUAGAUGACUUAAGAGGCGUAGGCGAGGCCCUAAACGAGCCUGGAAUCUCCGGUAAGGGCUUGAUUGUCCGAGGGAAACUGUGCCUAACUCUAGCGCCGCCCCAGUCCUCUGCUGCUCUUCAUCGUGAACUCGGCGAGCUGAUGUUGCUCGAGCCUGUGCUUGCUUUCGCGCCAAACAGCCUCACUUUCAACAAGUGGACGAGCCAAUAUAACUCCUUGCACAGCGGUCUAAACCGUGAGCUUCCCGCUAACGUGCAUCUGCUGACCUUAGAAACCAUGGGCGACUCAGCGCUGAUCAGAGUGGAGCAUCAGUACGAGGCUGGCGAGGACGCUAAGCUGUCGCAGCCAGUUAACAUUUCACUUGAAGGUCUGUUUACUGAUUUUGAGAUUGAGUCCAUGACGGAAAUGAACCUGUCUGCAAAUCAGCUUCUGAAGGAUAAAGAACCUCUUCACUGGAAUAUUAAAACAAGAAAGGAAGCAGGAAAGAAGAAAAAGAGGAUGAUUUCACGGGCGGCCACUGAUUUAAACGUGCAUCUGACACCCAUGCAGAUUCGCACAUUUAAAGCUGUCGUUAAACGUCACAGCAACACAUUAUCGCGUUAUUAUAAGUACUAAGUUCGCCUGAAAUACACAGAUAACGCUUUUUGAUAGUUCUAAACUACCAUUUUGCUUUAUUGAUAUAUAAUGCUUUUGUUUUUACAAAGUUUCGUAAAAUCCUCACAAUCCUUUUGUAUGAAAAUUGUAAAAGCGAAUGAAUAAAUAAUUACAGUGAUUAAACAUCUGUGCUUUACUUUGAAAAUCCCUUAACUUUUAUCCUUGGCAGCUUGAAUUAUAGAAAAUGCGAGAAAGUCUUAAUAAAUGAAUAAGAAAACUUGCAGGA